AUGGAGGCUUUUACGAACCUCAUGUCGCCGGGAGUUGCAAGCGUCGUAACCGCUGUUAUCGCGGUAUCCUCCGUCAGUAUCAAUCUCUACGGUGGCUUGCUGACCGAACGCAAGCGUGCCGACCUCGCGAAACAGGUUGAACGUGAGCGGCAGGCGGCUGUGCAGAUUAAAGAAAUGCGCUCCCUGGUGGCUCGCUACCGCGGCCCCCUUCUAGAAGCUGCCGUAGAUCUGGAGUCCCGGCUCGUGGCGGUGGCUACGGGACGCACAGCACGCGGCGGGGGUCGCGGCGUUGUGGAGGAGGAGGUGGUGUACACCCUGUUCACCAUUGCGCAGUUCUUGGGAUUUGUGGAGCUGGUUCGGCGGGAGGGCCCCCGAGAGAGGUCCUUCCUGCAGCAGGGCAACCCGCAGGGCACCGACACACUUGCCAACCUGUUGGAGGGCUUCCGCUUCAUCAUGUGCGCACACCCCUCAGCACUGCAGACCUGGUACGACGAAGGUGACCACCGUGACCAUCCUGGAGCACGCAGCCGGCCUGGGGUGCCGUACGGCAACAUCGCUAGGUCGCCCCAGGCGGCGGCGGCAGCUGCGGCGGCGGCGGAAGGCAACGGCGCGGCGACGGUGGCGAAGGCUGCCGCUGGCGAUGCCGCCGGCGGCGGUGAAAGCAGCGGCAGCGGCAGCCAGUUAGGGUCUGGGCCAGAGGCCUUGUCGGCACCGGGCGAGCGCACAGGCCCUGGCAGUAGCAGUAACGGCACGAGCAGCAACACGGGCUGCAGCUGGAACGGUGCCGCCAGACACUACACGCUGUCCUACUCGGACUUCUACCGGCGCUUCUACACAGACGAGUCCUUUGCGGCCUGGCUGCUGCCCAUGUUCCAUGACCUGCAGCUGCUGGUGGACACCAUCGACCUGCUGGACCCCUUCAUGGUGCGAACCAACGAGCAACACCGCUGGAGGCUGGCGCACAUUCGAUACGCGCCACUGCCGAAUGCUGAGUCGUACAAGGAGCGGUUGCGUGUGCUUGAGAGCAUAGUGGACAUGGCCAUGCCCUCCAUGAACUCGUUGUUUCUGCGGGUGGGUUGGGCUCGUAGCGCUCGGGACGGCCACUCCAACGAGUACCUAGGGUCCAACGAGAAGAUCAACGAGAAGCUCUACUACGUCUACCCGGGCUCAGCUGCCACCUCCUCCACCUCGGCCUCCGGCGGCCGCGGUCGCGGUGCCAGUAGCGACUCGGCGGCCGUUGCAGGCACCGACCCCCUUGUGCGCGACGCAUACGAGCGCGGCCUGGCGGGACUGCCGUAUAGCAGCGUCGACGAGGGCGAUGGCGUCAUCACGGGCAUGUCGUAUUACACCGGCGGCGGCGUUAGUGGGAGCGGCUGGCGGCCUGCCACGGCGGGCCUGUAUACCAGCGGCCGUGGUGGGGCUGCAAGCGGAGGCGGCGGAGGCAGCAGUGGAGGCUGGCAAGCUCCCCUCCCGACCUCAGCUCCUGUGCAGAACGGCGGCUGGCAAGCGGCCGCACCGAGCACCACAGGGUCGACAGCGGCGGUCGGUGCUGCUGGGCCGUCGUUGCCGUCGCCGUCACAGACGCCGUACAUUCCGCCGCCGAAUGUGUUGGUCGAAGCCUCGCAGCUUCCGUUGCAGCAGCGGCAGCAGAAAGCUCUGCUGGUUCAAGGAGAGGGGGGAACAGCGGCGGCGGUAACGGCGGCAGGAUCGCAGACAACGGAGGGUGCCUGGUCUCGGCAGCGCGGUGAAGGUGACGACCCCCAUGCAGGUUGGGGGGAUCCCUGA